AUGAACGGCGGCUGUAAAGAAGCAGCUGCCCAGAUCCUGGUGUUGCAGCCGGCUCGUGCCGUGGAGGCGGAGGAAGGCUGCCUUGUCCCCACAGCGCCCCCCGACGCGGACCGGCCUCCGGCCGCGGAGUGCGCGGAGGGUUCGGGCGCCGCCGCGCCGGCCCCGCCGCCGGGCUCGGGCAGCAGCUCCAGCGGCUCCUCCUCGUCCUCGUCCUCGUCGUCCGCUUCGUCGUCGGCGGCGUCGAGCCCGGCGGCUGAGAGCCCCGAAGCGGCGGGCCCGGGCGCGGCGAGCGGGGCGUUCCGGGAGCUGCUGGAGGCCUGCAGGAAUGGGGACGUGACGCGCGUGAAGCGCCUGGUGGACACGGGCAACGUGAACGCCAAGGACAUGGCGGGGCGCAAGUCCACACCGCUCCACUUCGCCGCCGGUUUUGGAAGGAAGGAUGUUGUAGAGCACUUGCUGCAGACAGGAGCCAAUGUUCACGCUCGUGACGACGGAGGACUGAUACCCCUGCACAACGCCUGCUCCUUUGGUCACGCAGAAGUGGUCAGUCUGCUGCUGUGUCAGGGGGCAGACCCAAAUGCUAGAGACAAUUGGAACUACACUCCUUUGCAUGAGGCUGCUAUCAAGGGGAAGAUAGAUGUGUGCAUUGUGCUGCUGCAGCACGGAGCUGAUCCAAACAUUCGGAACACCGAUGGGAAAUCUGCACUGGAUCUGGCAGACCCUUCAGCAAAAGCUGUACUCACGGGUGAAUACAAGAAGGACGAACUCCUGGAAGCUGCUAGGAGUGGUAAUGAAGAAAAGCUGAUGGCUUUAUUGACUCCUUUAAAUGUGAACUGCCAUGCAAGUGAUGGGCGCAAGUCCACUCCUUUACACCUAGCAGCUGGCUACAACAGAGUUCGGAUAGUCCAGCUUCUGCUUCAGCAUGGUGCAGAUGUACACGCCAAGGACAAAGGUGGUCUUGUGCCUCUUCAUAAUGCAUGUUCUUAUGGACACUACGAGGUUACAGAGCUGCUGCUUAAGCAUGGUGCCUGUGUGAAUGCUAUGGAUCUCUGGCAAUUCACCCCACUGCACGAGGCUGCUUCCAAGAAUCGCGUGGAGGUCUGCUCCCUCCUGCUGAGCCACGGCGCUGAUCCCACCUUGGUCAACUGCCACGGCAAGAGCGCGGUUGACAUGGCUCCAACGCCUGAGCUCAGGGAGAGACUGACCUAUGAAUUCAAAGGACACUCUCUACUGCAAGCAGCCAGAGAGGCAGACCUAGCCAAAGUGAAAAAGACACUCGCUUUGGAGAUCAUUAAUUUUAAGCAGCCACAGUCGCAUGAGACUGCACUGCAUUGUGCUGUGGCUGCUGUGCACCCCAAGAGGAAACAAGUUACAGAGCUGUURCUCAGGAAAGGAGCAAAUGUAAACGAGAAAAACAAAGAUUUCAUGACACCUUUACAUGUUGCAGCUGAAAAAGCUCAUAAUGAUGUCAUGGAAGUUCUGCAUAAACAUGGAGCAAAGAUGAAUGCGCUGGACACACUUGGGCAGACAGCGUUGCACAGGGCUGCRUUAGCAGGGCACUUGCAGACCUGCCGGCUGCUGCUGAGUUACGGCUCCGAUCCCUCCAUCAUCUCYUUGCAAGGCUUCACAGCAGCACAGAUGGGAAAUGAAGCAGUGCAACAGAUUUUAAGUGAAAGCACACCUGUGCGCACAUCRGAUGUGGAUUAUCGGUUAUUAGAAGCAUCCAAAGCUGGAGACUUGGAAACUGUGAAGCAACUUUGCAGCCCUCAGAAUGUGAAUUGCAGAGAUUUGGAAGGCCGUCACUCAACACCACUGCACUUUGCUGCAGGAUAUAACCGCGUAUCAGUGGUGGAGUAUCUCUUGCACCAUGGAGCAGAUGUGCAUGCCAAAGAUAAAGGUGGCUUAGUACCCCUACACAAUGCCUGUUCUUAUGGACACUACGARGUGGCUGAACUCUUAGUGAGGCAUGGUGCUUCUGUCAACGUAGCAGACCUGUGGAAAUUCACUCCUCUACAUGAAGCAGCAGCAAAAGGAAAAUAUGAAAUCUGCAAACUGCUUUUAAAACAUGGAGCUGAUCCAACCAAAAAGAAUCGAGAUGGGAACACUCCUCUAGAUUUGGUGAAAGAAGGGGACACAGAUAUCCAGGAUCUGCUGCGAGGAGAUGCUGCCUUGCUAGAUGCUGCCAAGAAGGGGUGCCUGGCACGAGUGCAGAAGCUGUGUACUCAAGAAAAUAUCAAUUGCAGAGACACCCAGGGAAGAAAUUCGACACCACUGCAUCUCGCAGCUGGUUACAACAAUUUGGAAGUAGCUGAAUACCUUCUUGAGCAUGGUGCUGAUGUUAAUGCCCAAGACAAAGGAGGAUUAAUCCCCCUACACAAUGCAGCAUCCUAUGGGCAUGUGGAUAUAGCAGCCCUGUUGAUCAAAUACAAUACAUGUGUAAAUGCAACAGAUAAAUGGGCAUUCACACCUUUGCAUGAAGCUGCUCAAAAAGGAAGGACACAGCUCUGUGCUCUGCUGUUAGCUCAUGGAGCAGAUCCAACCAUGAAGAACCAAGAGGGUCAGACACCACUAGACCUGGCAACAGCUGAUGAUAUCCGAGCUUUGCUGAUAGAUGCGAUGCCUCCAGAAGCUUUGCCCACAUGCUUCAAGCCUCAAGCUACUGUUGUUAGUGCCUCUGUGAUCUCACCAGCAUCCACACCAUCCUGCCUCUCUGCUGCCAGCAGCAUUGAUAACCUCGCUGGGCCACUGGCAGAACUAGCUGUAGGAGGAGCAUCGAAUGCYGGGGAUGGAGCAGCAGGAACUGACAGGAAGGAAGGAGAAGGUGCAUUUGCUGCUGGACAAGUUUACAUUGCCAGAAUUUCUGGUCUUGACAUGAACAUUACCCAAUUUCUAAAAAGCCUGGGUCUUGAACACCUUCGGGACAUCUUUGAGACAGAACAGAUAACCCUGGAUGUGCUCGCUGACAUGGGGCAUGAGGAGCUUAAAGAAAUUGGCAUCAAUGCAUAUGGACACCGUCACAAAUUAAUAAAAGGUGUGGAGAGACUUCUAGGAGGGCAGCAAGGUACCAAUCCGUAUUUGACUUUCCACUGUGUGAGUCAGGGGACCAUUCUCCUUGACCUUGCUCCUGACGAUAAGGAAUAUCAGUCUGUGGAAGAGGAGAUGCAAAGUACAAUCCGGGAGCAUCGCGAUGGUGGAAAUGCUGGUGGGAUCUUCAACAGAUACAAYGUCAUCAGGAUUCAAAAGGUGGUGAACAAGAAGUUGCGGGAGAGAUUCUGUCACAGACAGAAGGAGGUGUCAGAGGAGAAUCAUAAUCAUCACAAUGAGCGCAUGUUGUUUCACGGGUCUCCUUUUAUUAAUGCUAUCAUUCACAAAGGAUUUGAUGAAAGGCAUGCAUACAUUGGAGGAAUGUUUGGAGCUGGAAUUUACUUUGCUGAGAACUCCUCAAAAAGCAACCAGUAUGUGUAUGGAAUAGGGGGAGGAACAGGCUGUCCCACACACAAAGACAGGUCCUGUUACAUCUGCCACAGACAAAUGCUCUUCUGUAGAGUGACCCUUGGAAAAUCCUUUCUUCAGUUCAGCACAAUGAAAAUGGCUCAUGCCCCUCCAGGGCACCAUUCUGUUAUCGGCAGGCCAAGCGUGAAUGGACUUGCAUACGCUGAGUAUGUUAUCUAUAGAGGAGAACAGGCAUACCCAGAAUAUCUCAUUACAUACCAGAUUGUGAAACCAGAAGCUCCCUCACAGACAGCAACAGCAGCAGAACAAAAGACAUAGUAGCUUCAGAGCAGUGAAGAAGGAUGUGACUUCAAUCUUGGACUGGAUGGAUACAUGUUUCAGAAAAUCAGUAUCACAUAAAAUUCUUAACAACCUGGAAAUAAGCUGUAUGUCUUUUAUAAAGCAUUGCUGUCUUGAUGAAUAGGAUAUGAGUAACUCUUGCAUACUCGACUGCUACUGUUCCUCUUGAGGAAAGUUUACAAGGGACUGCCUUUUAAUAACAUAUCUCAGGCUCCUAGUCUCUGCAGUUACCAUGUGUAAAAUAAUAUUGUUUUGAUCUAGACCUUGGGAACAUUAUUGUGCAAAUGGAAAUCUUUAUUGGUGCCAUCUCACGUAAAAAUUUCAGACACUACUUUUCUAGUUCUUUUAUUUGCAGAUAAAUUGCAUUAAGCCCAUCAUUUUCUUUUCAGCAUACAUACCAUUUAUUUCCAGUUUUCAAGARAUCCUAUUUAUUCUCCUUUUGUAUUCUGAGGUUGAGCCGGAACCUUCUUGAAGAUUUUGCACAAAGUCAAGUUGACUAAAAUCAUUAACAAUGCAAUAUAAAUUUCAUCUGAGAAGGGGCUAGGUCGAGUUCUUCAACACAGGAUUUUCUUUGCACACUUCUGACAAACAAUAACAUGAGUGAGUGUAACUUUAGAGUGGAAACAAACCAUGUCAGUUGGCAGCUUUGUCUUGUGUGAGUUUUCUGGGGGAAACCCUGGGAAGUGUUAGCAAGGGUAAAACCAGCUCUUGUGCUUGGGAAGAACUUCAUGAAACAGGUUCAUGCCCUGGGCUGUUAUCUCCAAAACAACAUUUUAUAAGGCUUCUGUUAAGUACAUGCAGCUUGUGAAAUGUUCUUCAGUUGCAGCGGUGUUACCAGUUACAUGGUUUUGCUGGGAGAAGCAGGUGAAAAGUCAGAUUUCAUACAUAAGGGCAUAUCCAGUUCAUGUCCCGCUGUAAGAUGAGGCCCAGUAAAUGGGUUUCAGGCUGGUAAGGAAGAGUGUAUUACAGCAGUUUCCUGUCACAUCUUUGUGUGUGACAUCACAGUUGAAGAGCUUAAGUGAUUAACAAAAGUAUAACUUUUUAAAAUAUUGAUUUUACAUUUUGAUGAGAGCAAAAUUUUAAAAUAUCAGUUGGCAAGUGGAUUUGUUUGCAGGUAUACCAGAGAACAAAGCUAGGAUUUAUUCACUUAAUACCCUUCUUCGCAAAUUCCCAGGUUUAUUUUGCUGGGUAGAAGAAAGUUAUUUUUAAGCAUUGCAYAGCACAGCAUCAAACAGUUUCAAUAGUUGCCCUCAUGGUGGAUAUGGAUUUAACAAAAGUAGAAACUGUUUCUUUUUUGUGGUGUUUUACAGUUUCAGAGAAGGUUGAAGAUCAAGAUCUGUUAAUUUUUUUUUCAAACAACCAAUCCCAGGAGAUGUGCUUCAGUGUUGACCAUGUAACAACUGGAGGAAAAAAUGUCCUUUGGACACAACGCGCUGUACAUUUCUCUGUCAAGCAGCACUAUUUAGUACUGAUGAUCCAGUUCAUACAUUCAGGUUUUAUCCCCCUUAAAGCAAAGAAGCAACAGAAUAGUGUGCUUUUUGUUCAUAAAAAAUAUGUGUGCUCCGCACAAGUGGGCUUUUGCUGGUAUGUUUGUAUAAAACAGACUUCAACCUGAAGAGCUUUUCACUUUCAGCAUUAAGACACAACAUUUUUAUUUUUAACAUUAAGGUAUGAAUGUUGAAGCAUCCUCACAAGAAGUUUCACCCACUGUUAAAUCAGUCAUUUGAUACAAUAUGGCUACCUGAACAUCAUCUGUUUGUAAUAUCUCUAAAGAAAACCUUAGAAAUAGCAAUACUCCAACAGAACUUGAACUCUUGAGUUUUACUUUCCUUGAGCUGAYGGUGGAUAUAUGGUUCUCGCUUCAUUUUGUGACCUGAUUAAAUAUGUAGCUUUGAAGUCCCAGCCAGGCUUUAGCCUAGUUGUCCUUUUAAACAAUUUCAUUGAUAAAAUUGGGUGCUUGUAUUUUGGCUACUUGUUUCAUAGUGUUAGGAUAGCAAAGAUCACCACUAGGCUUUGAAGCUUURUAUUCACCAUUUAAGUUUGGGAUUUGUUUUAAAUUUAGUUAAAAAUGGAAUGAGGGGAUGUGCCUGUCUGUGCUAAGGCUUCAGGUAGUGGCCAGAGCAAGUGCUGCUCUCCAUCCCCAGUUAGACAUAGUUGUAAAUGGUGAAACAGCCGUGCUGCUUAGGUGAGCAGAAUGGUUAAAGUGGGCAUGAAAGUUAAAAGCUUUACAUCUUUCAAAAACAAGAACAAGCCUAAAAAGAAAAAUCCCACCAAGCCCACACCGGAUGCUCUUCUUGCUUGUUGUUUCCUGUGUGCUGGUUAAACUAACGGCUAGUCAGGAUUCCUUUUGCAGCCUUGAACUUCUAGGGGAUAAAAAUAGCCUGGAGGAGACUGAGGGGAGACCUCACUGGGGUCUUCAGCAUCCUUACGAGAGGA